AUGGUCGCUGCAAAGAAGAUGAAAGCGUUGCUGGAGUCGAUCAACUCUAGGCUCCACCUUGUUAUGAAAAGUGGAAAGUACGUGCCGGGGUACAAGCACAGUCUGAAGAUGAUCAGACCAGGCAAAGCAAAACUGGUCAUCCUCGCCAACACCCGCCCAGCCUUGAGGAAAUCUGAACUAGAGUAUUACACCAUGUUGGCCAGGACUGGUGUCCAUCACUACAGGGGCAAUAAUAUUGAAUUGGGCACCGCGUGUGGAAAACUCUACAGAGUAUGCACACUGACUAUCAUUGAUCCAGGUGAUUCUGACAUCAUCAGAAGCAUGCCAGAACAGACUGGUGAGAAAUAA